AUACAAAGAUUAUAACAAGCUAAAACGACAGAUUCAGGAAAGAUUAGACAAGAAGACAUUAAGUCAAAGCAGUGAAAAAGAUAAUUCAGAAGAGAAAUAUGAUCAAAAUCAAAACAGUUCUCACCAUACCUCACCAGGAACCAAGGAAAGGAAGAUCAGUAGGGACAAAUCUUUUGAAGAGGAAAAACAAACAGAUGAAAACUCAUUAGAAAAUGUACCUGACGUUUGGAGUCGAGAAUUUGACAAAAAGAAGAAUGAGGUUAACAAAACUAUUGGGCAAACUGAUUCAACAGGCAAAAAAUCUAAUCAGUAUCUACAAAAACUUAGCAGUAAAUUGUUUGAUGGCUCUAAGAAAAUCGGUAAUGCAAGACCAACUUAUAGACGUUCUGAACCGGUAGUUGUUCGUAAAGAGUUAAUAAAUAAAGAUGAUAAGGAAAAGAAAACAGACAUUUAUAACCAUCAUAUCACAGAGGAAAAUUUUAAAAUAAAAAAUGAUUUUUUUGAAAAAGCUGCUUCUUUAGCUAAUAAAAAACAGAUAUCAUCUGAUUAUGAUUCAGAACAGGUCAUUAUCCAUGAUAAAUUCAAGGUCAAACCAAAAGCAAACCUUUCACAAUUUUCCAAGAGUUUUUGUGACAAUGAAUCAAAUGAAAGUGGAAAUACUGGUAAAGUUGAAAAAUCAUACGAUCAAGCCUGGGAUGAAGUUGAUCACAUGACACCUUUUGCCGACGAAUCUAAUACAUAUUCUUCAAAAGGCUUUAGUGAAGAUCCAGUUUCUGUUGAUAAAUCUCCCAAAAAAAUUGAUAGUGGAAGGAAUUUUAGCAUGAAGAAUGAACAGAGUUCUGAUUCAAACUUCAAACAUGAUCACUUUGUUUCUGAUCAUGAAGAACCAAUGGAUGUUGAUGAUCAGAGUUAUAGUGCUAAUGUACGCAGGGUGAAGAAACCAGUGAGUAGAAGGACGAAGAAAAGUAUUCCUGAAAAUAGUGAGAAUCAAGAAAUGAAUAAAGACGACACUAUGCAAAUCUCUAGUAAUAUGUUCAAUUUCGAUGAAACUGAUGAUGUACCUAUUAUACCAAAGCAUGGGAAAAGAAAAGCAGAAAGUAGUACAGAUGGACCCAGUAAGAAAAGGAAAAUAAAACUUGUUGAAGAAGAGAACAAAGACAGUGUUGAAGGAGCUGAUGACGAUGAAAAGCCAAAGGCAAAAAAAUCAUAUGCACCAGCAAGGAAUAAAGCAGCCGCUUCAUCAACAUCAUCAGAUAAUUUUGUAAGGCUGAAUAUGAAAAUAAAGACGUAUAAAAGGAAAGGAAAGAAAGGCAUGACAGGACCACAAAUGAGAAGAUUCCAAUGGAAACAAAAAAUGAAGUCUCGCAGCAAAAGUUAUGGAGAUAAAUGUUUUAAAUGUGGUCAGGAAGGACAUUGGGCUAAUAAGUGUACAGGUCAAGGUAAAGCAAAGGAGGAAAUAGAUGAUAAGCCGCCAGUUCUGGACGAAAAUUUCCCAACCCUUAAACAAGCUUCCAUGAUGGCUAAAGGUAUUAAGAUGGAUGUCCAAGAAAAAAAAAUCAAAGAAAAAAAAUCCAAAGAAACAGAAGACAAUCAGGAAGAAAAAGAAGAGGAUGAUUUUGACGAUCUAGAUGUAGAGGCAGGAGUUGUCAGAAAUACCAGAGAACAACCAGACACGCCUCCACCCAUGGAACCAUUCCUUACAAUGGAAGAAUGCAGGUCACAAGAUAUUCCAGAAUCUGUAAGAAAAGGCUUGAAGAUGUUUGGUUAUGAAAGGUUUAGACAUGGACAAGAGAAAGCGGUUUUGAGGAUAUUGUCAGGUUCAUCCACAAUGGUGAUAUUAUCAACAGGGGGAGGUAAAUCAUUAACCUACCAGCUACCAGCAGUUCUGUAUGCUGAGAAAUCUACAUGUUUUACACUUGUUAUCUCACCACUUGUGUCUUUAAUGGAAGAUCAGAUCACAGGACUACCCCCAGGAGUGAAAGGUGCAUGUCUCCAUACCAAUAUGACCAAGGCCCAACGUGAAUCUGUAAUGGACUCUGUGAAGGAAGGCAAGGUCCACUUCCUUUUGGUAUCACCUGAGGCUAUAGCUGGAGGAACAAUGUCUGCCUUAACAUCUGCUGCUAAUCUUCCUCCUAUAUCUUUUGUCUGUAUUGAUGAAGCCCAUUGUCUGUCAGAGUGGUCGCACAACUUUAGGCCAUCCUAUCUAAGGUUAACAAAGGUUUUAAGAGAGAGGUUUGGUGUAAAAUGUUUCCUUGGCCUUACAGCAACUGCCACACUGUCAACAGCAGCAGAUGUUGCAAAGCAUCUUGGGAUUGAUAAUAUAGAGGAAGCUGUAGUUCGUGGUCCACCAGUCCCUAAAAAUCUAUUUCUGUCUGUUUCUAGAGAUGAAAAUAGAGACGAGGCAUUGAUAGGAUUGUUACAAGGUGACAGAUUUUCACAGUGUGAAUCUAUUAUUCUGUACUGUACUAGACGUGAUACCACUGAAAGACUAGCAACCCUCAUACGUACAAGUCUGCAGGAUCAGAAGGGAGAGAACUGGACAGGAGAUCGUACAAAGAGAAAAGGUGGAAAGAAACAGUAUAAUUAUUGGGAUGCUGAAAGUUACCAUGCAGGGCUGUCUGCAGCUGCUAGAAAGAGAGUACAGAAUGCCUUUAUGUCUGGUAGACUUAGAGUUGUGGUAGCUACAGUGGCAUUUGGAAUGGGCUUGGAUAAGAGUAAUGUUCGAGGAGUUAUCCAUUACAACAUGCCAAAAAGUUUUGAAAGUUAUGUCCAGGAAAUUGGUAGAGCUGGGAGAGAUGGAAAACCAUCACAUUGCCAUGUGUUUUUGGAUUCAGAGGGGAAAGAUUUAAGUGAGCUAAGAAGACAUACUUUCUCCAACACUGUAGACUAUAGAACUUUAAAGAAGUUCGUACUGAAAGUUUUUACACCGUGUAAAUGUAGAGAAGUACAUACCAGACAUAAACAGGCUUUAAAGGAGAGUACUUCAGAUGAUGCAACGUUAGCUGAGACUGAAGAGUUAUUUGAUGAGUGGGAUGGAGAGGCUGAGGAAACAAAACGACUGUGUUCUGGUCACGAGAGAGCCAUUCCUAUAGACAACCUUGUUAUGGACCUGGAUGUCAAAGAAGAAGGAAUUUCAACUUUAUUUUGUUAUCUUGAGUUACACCCACACGAAACCUGGAAAUUGGAGAAUCUAACCAAUGUCUACUCAACAUGCAAUAUACAAUGUUAUGGAGGACCAGCUUUGCUUCAGGAAAUUGCUAAAAAGUGUCCUCCAGUUGCUGUAGCAAUUGCUAAAGCCAAGAAAGAUGGAAUUAACUUUGCAGGGAAAACACACAUCGACUUCCCAGUUGUUGAGAUUAGUGACUGUAUGGGUUGGGACUCAGGUCCUGUUAAAAGGGAACUUAAAAUGCUUAUGUGGAACUUGACAGGUGCUAAUGGUCCAAGGAGGACUGGAGUUAUGGUAGAAUUUGCUAAUUUAGCGUUUCACUAUCGUGCACCUGGUGAUUUGACGGAAGAUGAGAUUGAUGACGUUAUCAUGUCAUUACAUACUCGAAUACAGAAGCAAGAAAAAGCAGAACUUACUAACCUCAAGUAUCUGUUCGAUACUUUACAUAGUGUUUCACACAAAAACUUCUGGAUGUGCGCAGAUGAUCUAGACGAAAAGAAAAAUGACAAACUAAAAAUUAUUCUAGAAGAUUAUUUCCAGGAGCAAACUGAUUUUAAGGCAGCAGUACUAGAUGCAACCGAACCAGAGCUAUCAUCAUACGAGUUGAACCAAGUGUCAUCAGAUAUAAAACAGUUUAUUAAUAUGUACAGCCAGGAACACAAAUUAAAUGGAAGAGCUAUUGCCCGUGUAUUUCAUGGUAUAGCAAGCCCCUGUUUCCCUGCUACUACAUGGGGGCGUGUCAGACGAUUUUGGCGCAGUAACAUUAAUGUAGAUUUCAAUUUGUUGAUCAAACUUGCAACAAAACUUUUGAUUCAAAUGAGAUAAAAGUUGUAUUUUUCGCAGUCGAUGCUGUUUGUAUAUACAAAUGUAUAUUAUUUAUGAACUCAGUUAUUUCAGACGAAAUGCAUUGAUUACAUGAAGUACAGUUAAUUGUCUUUGUUUUGCAAUUUAAUUGCAUAAAGACACUGCGAUAUCUUCCUAUAUAAAAGUCAUCAAUAUUACAUUGUAAUUUUUUCUCAAGUUUUUUUUUUUUGAACUGCCAUUUUGUGAAAACUCACAUACAAUCACAUAAUUUGAAUUAUUAUAUAAUGUAUACUAAUGAACAUGUUUGAUAUAUCAAGUGAUCAUCAUGA